AUGGAGAAAUUUGAAACAGAAUUAUUGCAACUCAAGGAUAUCAGUGGCAUUGAUAAAGCCAUUUAUCCAUUAAAUUGGAUCCGUUGGGAGUCCGAAUACAAGACUUCUAGCGGAAUUCGUGCUCCUCCGUGGCGUCAGAGCGAAGGUGAUAUCGGUUACAUCCUUGCAAGCACUCACGAUAAGGGUGUUGUUGCUAUUCUUUGCAAGAAUGAUGAAACAUGCGUUCAAAUCAAAGGCUACAUCGUCAACGCUGAUGGUGAAGAAGAAUUAGAUUAUACACCACAAGGAUCUCCUGCAAAUACACUUACAGAGCUUCUUAGUGGAAUUUCCGAAAUUUUCAAAGAAAAAGCUCCAACAAUCACAAAGGAGGAAGCAGAAAAUGCUGCAAAAUUCAAAGCUCAAGAAGUUCAUAACGAUUUGGAUACACUUCCAACACCAGUUCUUGUCCUCACACAGCCAGAAGAUGAAAAUGAUGAGGAAGGAGACGAAGAACAGGAACAAGAAGAUGAUGAGCCAAUUGUUCCAUUCCCUAAGCAGACAAACUCAGAUGAAUAUUCUACAAUCUAUCCAAAGAUGAAGAAUUUCACCGCAAAUACAGCUGAUCCAACAAAUACAGAUCUUCAAGACCUCUGCAAUAACCCAGCCCUUAAAGAACAAGCUGGUCAACGUGCUGUUCUCAUGGCAGGUGCUAUUUCAGCUAUGCGUGAUGUUCUUUGCAUGAAACAAAUUCGUGAAGGAAAUGAUACACGUCGUAGUGCUCAAAUCGAAGCUGCUAUCAAGAUUUUCGCAGCUAUUUCUCUUUCACCAAUGAUUCGUCGUCAUUUGGCCAAUGAAGAUACUGUUAAGAUUUUCAUGGACAUUUUAAAGAGAGAUGAACCACGUGUAAUGAACGAUCUCUUCACAACAAUCGCAAACUGCUGCCACAACACAAAAUUCCGUCACAUUAUCCUUCGUAACAAGAAAGAUCAAGGUGUUGAUGCCUUCAUUGUACCAAUCAAGAAGCCAGAGUACGCUUCACAGGUAUGCUAUGUUCUCUACAGCUUAAAUAGAAGCCAUGAAGCUGCAAGAAUCAUGGCUAACUGCCACCUUUCGAAUGUUCUUGAUACAUAUACAACAAAGAAGGCACUUGCCAGCAUCAGCGAGGACCUUAUGCUUAACAUUACACGUCUUAUGUACAGUAUGGCCGUCUACGGAAAGAAUGAAGACCGCCAGAUUACAGAUCGCCAAAUUACUUUCUUCUGCACAGGUCUUGGCAAAGAAAAUGCAGAGCUUUGCGAAUGGUCAGUUCGCGCAUUCACUAUUUUCCAGAUGAAUGAAGAGCAAACUAAGCAAUUCUGCCAGAAUAACCAAGAUCAGUGCCAAGGACCACAGAAGAUGACACGUCUUCUCGAUAAUACAAACGAGAAGGUCAUCUUAUCUGCCCUUGAAACCAUUUCCGUCAUUGGAAACGUCGCAAUGAUCAGAGAUGAACUUUGCAAGCUUGGCGUUCUCAACAAACUUGCAACAUUAUGGAAAUCACCUCAACCAGAGAUUUGCAAGGGUGCACUCAAAGUUAUCGGUAUCCUUACACAAAACCAACAAUGCUUACAAUGGACAGUUCGUCAGAACAUGAUUCCUUCAUUACUCGAAUAUCUUAACUCUACAGACUCUGACUUCGUUAUCUACGCUUCCAAAGCUAUCGGAGCUUGCUGCAAUAAUCCAACAAAUCUUAAGAACCUUAUCCAGCAGAAUGGCGUCCGAAAACUUUGGUCAUUGAUGAAGUCCCCAUCACCAGGUGUCCAAGCAGCUGCUACUCGUGCUUUAGUUCCAUUCCUUAAAUCUCCAGAAUCUCCAUCAUACGUCAGAACAUUCGUUGAUGGCUUAGAUUUAUUAGUUGGACUCCUCAAGAGCCAGGAACCAGAAGUACAAGCAAGCGCUUGCAUGGCAAUCAGUGAAGUUGCAAAGGAUAACGAAAACCUCGGCGUUAUGACAGAUUUAGGUGUUGUAGAACUUCUUUCCCGCUUGUUAUCUACCAAACUUGACGUAGUUCGCAAACCACUUGCUGACGCUAUUGGAUUUGCUGCUAAUUACGGAAAGAACAGACGUAGAUUUGGCGAAGAAGGUGCCGUCGAUCCUUUAGUUUCAUACCUUAGACCACCUUCAUCAAACCUUGAAGUACACGCUGCAACAGCUAAAGCUCUUAAAGCUCUUUCUGAAGAUCAGGAGAACUCAAAGAGACUUUCACAGGCUGGUGUCGUUGAUUACUUGUUAAAGAUGGUUGAUAGCCAGGAUGAGGAACUCCAAAUGGCUGCUGCUGUCGCUAUUAGAAACAUUAGAACUAACAGACAAUAA